UAGCCACACUCCCAUCGAUUCAUUCCCACCCUCUGUAUCAAAACACCAAACCCCCUCUCUCCUUCGCAAAACCACUCCACUCCGAUUCCCCUUUUCCAAAUUCUCAAUCAAAGAACAAACAUACACUAAAAUGGUUGCGACUUCGGCAGUUUCUAUGGCGAUGCCAUUGACAAACGCGGUAAGCCAGAAGAAGGUUCCGAGUUCCGAGGCAUUCCUCAAGCCACUCCCAUUGAGGCCCUCUAAGGCCAUGGCCGCGGCACCAAGAUCGAGCGGAAUGCUCGAAGUCAGGGCUUCUCUGAAGGAGAAGGCGGUGACAGGAUUUACGGCCGGGAUGAUGACGGCGUCGAUGGUGAUCCCUCAGGUGGCCGAGGCAGCCGAGUCUGGGGUUUCUCCCUCGCUCAAGAACUUCUUGCUUAGCAUUGCAGCUGGCGGAGUUGUAGUGACGGCCAUCAUCGGCGCUGUGAUCGGUGUAUCCAACUUCGAUCCGGUUAAACGGGGCUGAGCUUGGAACACUCACCUUUUAGUUUAUUGAGAGAAUUAUGCAAAAUUCUUGAUUUUUCGUUUAAAUGUAAUCUGUUUGUGUAAUGUAAUAGUGUCUAUUUGUUUCGUUCGUGUAAUAUUUGUGACUCUCCAGCUUUAUUAUUCGGGGUGAGAAACUGUGAAUUCUGAAAUUCUUGAUUUCACUAAAUGAGAAUCAGAACUAACAUCAAGGAUUAUCAUGAAA